AUACACUUGGCAUACACAACACGUGUGUGUCUGCUUGGCAACGCGGCGCAGAUUGCAUACGUUGUUCCAAGAAACGACCUGUGCCGGGGGUCAAACGCGCAGAUGAAGACAAGCAUUCCCAAAGGACAACUUCAAGGAGGGAGGAUGCAGCCGUCGGCCCCUCAGUUGUGUGAGCGGGCAGCCUAAGUGCAGUGCAGGUGUUGUGAAAGUUGCACGAACAUUUAACAAUGAUACAGUUUGAAAGUGCGCCAGACACGCGCCGGCGCCAGCGGCGAUCGGGCGGAGGCGUGGCCGGUCUGUGUGGCCGCACGACUAAACAACAAACACCCAUCACAGAUGGUGAAAUAAACAAAACCAGUACAGGGGAGACGCUCACAUGAAUGAAAAACAGCAGCAAAGACAAAAAACACACACAACAAGCCUUGUAAUAAUUGACAUGGUGGUAAUAACCCCAGUUAUUCAUCACCAGCAUCGCAGGUUAAUUUUGGGAAAAUUACUAUAAUCGAAUCAUCUUCUCGCUUCAUCGUGUUCACUAUUAUUAGUUUCAUCACGGCAUACUUACAUAAGUUAGACCUAUUCACUUGGAUUAAUCUAUUGUAUUUGUAUUUGACGGUGUGUGUGUGUGUGUGUGUGUGUGUGUGUGUGUGUGUGGAGGAUGAGAUUUUUUUGCAAGUGACUAUUGCGCCAAAUCCAGUUCAAAUAAUGCAUUAACUCUGUCUGACCCUUUGACACUUUAACACAACAGGUGCAUCUGCUAAAUAUAUUAUCGGAUUACUUCUCAUCUGGGUCCUAAUAAGGCGGUCAAGCUAAAUUAUAGGUUUCUGAGAUAAAAGAAACCCCCCCCAACUGCACAACAGUUGUGUUUUUUUUGUCUAUCCAGACACCUGUAAUCGAUCUGUUUGCAGACGACUCAAUCAAAACAUUGUUGCACAUUAAAAGCAACCCACGUCUACAAAUACGAGACUCUCCAAACGCGCGCACAAACUCUGCGAAGAAAUUCUCUCCAAAAGAUGACAGCGAUGCAAAGACAAGUCUUGGCCCAGAGCUCGCUCCCGUCCUCCGGGGACCGCUUCGACAUGUGGCACGACUACAUGAACCUGGGCGGACUGCUGGAGAGGCUGUGCCACGAUGAAACGGACCCCACCGGGGACCUCGAAGGCGCAGCGAAAGAAGCAAAAGAAGCCCCGGCGACGCCUUGGAGCCUCAUCCAAACUUCUCCGCGGGGGAGCUGCGUAAACUCCCCGGAUAAUGGUUCGGUAGGAAGCCUCUCCGGCCUCUCGGACAGCAGCAGCAGCAGCAGUGGGACUUCCUCGGGCCACUGUCGCUUCUGCAAGCAGAACGGGGAGUCCGCCAGGGUGUACCGGUCCCACAGCCUGAAAUCCGACGAGGGGAAGGUCAUCUGCCCCAUCCUCCGGAACUACACCUGUCCCACCUGCGAGGCCACCGGGGACCGCGCGCACACGCGCCGGUACUGUCCGCAGGCACGGCGGGGGGAGGCUGCGAGGAUGCUGCCGGGGUCCAGGUUCUAGGAGCCGGGGAAAGACACUGGGAGACCCGAUGAAGGUCAAAAAUACUGUAAAUAAUUGCCACAGAUGUUUUGGGAUUUGGUUCACGACUUGGACUGUUUGGGGUUCUCAGUUCGAAGGGAAAUGUUUGACUUUGCUGUUGUUUUUUGCGAUGAUGUUGCAUCACAGUUAGUCGACACCAACAAUUUCUAACGUUAAUAACAAAAUGUUAUCAAACAUCGAGGAAGUCAAGUGACAACAACUAUACCCUUUAGGAAACUGCCAAGAACUGUUUGUUUUUUUUGUUUACUUUACCAAGAAUAAAUAUUGGAAAAGUGGUGCUCUCUUGUUGUAAAAGUGUUUUUUUAAUAGGUCAAACUAUGGAGAUGUUGUUUAGCAUGACAGGUUUUUGAACUAUAUAAUAAGAAAGAAACUGUUUGCAGAUCUGAAUGUGCAAAAUACUACAAUAAGUGAGUGACAUAUAAUUAAUUCAGGUGAGAUGUAAAGUCACACAACGUUUCUAAUAGCAAAGCCAAGUCAGCCUUUUAUAACUCAAUGCAUCAUAAUCAUAAAACAAUCUGUGGUUCCUCCUGCUGCUUUGAUCAGAUGAUAAAUCCUUGUUACUAAACGGUUGAACAAUGCCCCCUUAUAUGACUAUCUUAAUAUUAAUGUUAUAUUAACAUGUAAUAUUAAGAUACAUUUAUCUGUAGUAACAAUAAUGUAGUACAAAUUAGUUUUUAUUAUAAAAUCCUAAUCUGCAAAGCAGCCAGAUAUAUUAAAAAAAACAACAUUAUUUCCCUCUGAGAUGAUUGCAAAGUACCUCAAGAUGUCAAAUUUGAGGAUAAUUAUUACUUUCCCCACUGUUGAAAAUACCCAAACAGUAUACAAUUUCAUAGUAAAGGGUCAUUCGGAGUUCCACAGUAAAGAGCACGUGUGUGUGUGUGUGUGUGUUCACCUGCUUACACACAGA